CUUCUGUAACAUCCACAUACUACAACCUACAGCUAAACUCAAGGUCUUUUCGAAUUGUCUGCCACAAAAUCGCAUCUAGACAUUGAAGCCCCUAGCCAAUUACACUGAGAUGACAGACUCUCCGCGCAGCAACUCUUCCAUCGAUAUUAUAUCCAGCAUCUCAUGUGCUGCUACAGAAACUUCUGAAGACGAGGUUGUGUGGGGCGCCAGCGAUGAGUAUUCUUCGGACAGCAGCGGAAGUGACUACGUCCUGCUACCUCAUACCUCAGUGGACAGGUCUCCUGAGUCUGACCAUGAUUCCGACGACAGUGUCUCGGAGACCAGGCUCUCAAUUGCGUUUGAUUUAUUAUCAGUUACAACCUCAAGCAAAUUGGACGGUGAAUCGGAUACGAACAAAAACGACAAGGCAGACGAAAAGCUGACCCGGAAGCAGCUUAGAACAGCGAGGCGCAAGGCGAGACGAAGUAAGGGUGGUAAAUCUGAGGAUACGCAUCCAUCCUCUACGAGCCUUUCUCCUCAAUCUGGCAGUGGAGCGAACCCCACAUAUUCAUACGAGGAUGCUGCAGCAUUUAUCACGCAGUACCUCGAAUCACCUGUCAAGGAUGGUAAUCCAAGUACGAAGCUCCGGCUUCUCCAAGCCCUUGUUGUCGAAUUCGGUAUCUCCCAACAGCUGCCCACCAGCAUAAAAUCAGCAAAAAAACUGCUGAACGCGGAGGUUCAUGUCAAUAUUAAAGAAUACGUAGCCAGGCGGGGCAAAGAUCAGGGUGCGUUGCGGCAAAUCAUGCAUCCGAGCAAGAGUGCUCUACGGAAGGAUAUUCGGCGAAGCGGUCAGAAGAAGUCCUUGAAAUGGGUGAAGAAAUACGGCCUAAAUGUCCUCUUGAUUGACUGCUAUAACUAACCAACGGGGAGUUCCUCGUUAGACCUGUGUUUUACAGUGUCGUUUGUACUUGUUCCUAUUGCGUUCGAUGUAAGAAUAGGGCACUUCCUCUGAGCUCUGAAAGGACAAAAACAUGAAUUUCACAUGACCAUGAGAACGUAUGGCUAGCAGGUUCACGAUCAGCAUACUGA